UCUCCCUCUCCCUCCCUCUCCAUCUCUCUCUCUCUCUGUCUCUCUCUGUGAUGCUGCAGCUCCUGUAGUCUCUCCAGUUUCCAGUAAACAGCAGUCAUGGCGACAGUGGUCCAACCGCUCUCUCUGGAUCGAGAUGUUGCCAGGGCUAUCGAGCUGCUGGAGAAGCUGCAGGAGUCCGGUGACGUCCCCGGUCACAAGCUCCAGUCUCUGAAGAAGGUCCUUCAGAGUGAGUUCUGCACAGCCAUCAGAGAGGUGUAUCAGUACAUGCAUGAAACGAUUACAGUGAAUGGCUGUCCAGAGUACCAGGCGAGGGCCACAGCUAAGGCCACAGUUGCAGCCUUUGCAGCCAGCGAAGGUCACUCCCACCCGCGGGUGGUGGAGCUGCCUAAGACGGAGGAAGGUCUGGGCUUCAACGUCAUGGGCGGCAAGGAGCAGAACUCACCUAUCUACAUCUCACGCAUCAUCCCCGGGGGCGUGGCCGAGAGGCACGGCGGCCUAAAGCGAGGGGAUCAGCUCCUGUCCGUCAACGGUGUGAGUGUGGAAGGCGAGCACCACGAGAAAGCAGUGGAGCUGCUUAAGGCGGCCAAGGACAGCGUGAAGCUGGUGGUUCGCUACACCCCCAAAGUCCUUGAGGAGAUGGAGGCACGCUUUGAGAAGCUCCGCACGGCCCGGCGGCGCCAGCAGCAGCAGCUCCUCAUGCAGCAGCAGCAGCAGCAGAACCUGACCUCUCAGCAGAACCACAUGUCGUAGGUUGUUCCAAAAGAAGAAGAAGUGAAGGAGUGUGAAGAGAAAGUGGAUCUCAAAGACCAUCUGUUUGUGUUGAGGAUCCCAGAGGAAUCUCUUUGCGGUGGAGAUAACCAACAAGCCGAGGACUCUUUUGCUUACUCUCUCCCCUCCAGUGCACCACCGAUUACUGAGCAAAAACGGAGAGAGGCAGUCGUUUGUCCUGCAAUUGGUGCUUUGGAAAAAAAGUAUGAGGGAAGCGAGCGCCGAAAGUUUUAACUUUGUAUUCCCUUUUAUAAGUUGUUCUCCGCCCACCCACACACCCGGUUGUGACUCUUGCUGGAACUCCCUUCUCUUGUGUUUGUUGUUCUGUUUACAGUCGACCAUUUUUGAUUGCUUACCGACAUCCUUUUGCACCGUGGCACCUUUGCCAUUUUGCCAUAGAUAUCAUUUGUACAGUGGUGUUUCUAUUGAUUCCUCAACUGGUGCUUGUGUCUCUGUAUGAAUGGUUUCUCUCUUCUUUUGUUUUUUUCUUUUGUGUGUGCGUCCUGUUUUGGAUAAACGUGAACUCUUUUUUACCUUCUAUAUUGUAGCAGGAAAGAUUUUUGUAUCUUGUAGGUUUAGCAAUAACACACAUUGUUAAGUUCUUGCAUUUCAGCACAAAAUUCACGAUCGAGACAAACAAACGUACGCAGAGUUUAUGGCGUAGGUGCAAAUGUACAUCAUUGUAAAGCAAACUGGGUCUUAGUGUAAGGCAGCUUCUUUGUCCAAAUCUACCCUCUGUGCCAUUCAAAGAGAUUAUUGAUUUACAGGUGGCAUGACCAAUUAAUGUGCAAUAACUGUGAUUAUCAACAGACUUUGUAAGCUACUCCAAACUGAGAUUUAUCUAGAAAACACACGUCACCAAGAGAUUCAAAUCAAUCCUCGAAUGUCACCAGUUUUCAUCUGAACAGAGUCUGAGUUAAAUAAAAAAAUAUGCUAGAAUUAUGUUUAUUUUUCAGAUGUGUCUAUUUUAUAGUUUAUGACAUCAGAGAUUUAACAUAAAGUUUUAUUGUUCCUUUUAAAUAUUAUGUGUUCUUUCUAAGAUUCAUAUUCAAAAUCUAUUCGUUGUACAACAUCUGAAUAACUAGCACAUGGUCCGUGUAGACUUUCCCCGCGUUUCUGUUUUGACAAUCAUUUUCUUCCUCUGUACCUGUAAGGGAAAUCUGUGUUUGAGCUUCUCUCUGCCGACCCCGCAGCAGAGCUAAAGCGCUUUGCUUUAUCUCAUCUCCAUCUUUUGGUGCUAAGCGCUCCUUGUUUUGUUCUGUUUGCACUGCGCUUCCCAGAGGUCCCUUCUUUGUCUUUGUGUCGUGUGCUUCCUGUUCUUUUUCUUUCUCUGUAGGUGGCGCUCUUUUCUUUGUUUGUUCAACCGUGCGAGCUGCACCACUCAAGCUCUUUCUUCUUCUAUUUAUCCCAAACAGAACCAAAACAUAAAACACAUCACUUCCUGUCUGCUAAAGGAAACACUAACCCCCCUGACGCUGCAUGUUUAGAAGAGCAAAUGAAAAGCAGUCAGUUAUGAAGUUGCAUUUUGAUGAAAAUGUUACUGAUUAUUAAUAAAGAAUUGCAUCACAGAUUCAUUGACAGAAGGUUAGGAGUUCAUUUUCACUUUUAAUGCUGUCUGAUUUCUCCAUCUGAUUGCGGAACAAAUUUCUUCCACAUGCGUCACAUGCUGCCAGAUGUUGCGGUUACCUAAAUAACCUGCUGGCACUGAGCUCACCUGAUGCAAAGGCAUCAGGUGAGCUCAGUGCUCGGGUUAUUAUGGAGCAUCCCAAUGUUUUUGAAUCGCACACUCUUCAAGCAGAGCAUCUCAAUACAACAGAUCCCUUUUUGUAUCGUAAAAUCACAGGUACUCUUUCUUAAUUGACUUACAUUUUUGAAGCUGAUGGUCUUACCGCGAAGAUUUAAAAAAAAAAAAAAGACAACAAACUGUUGAUAUGCAAUUGUUAUACUAUAU